AUGUUUACCAAAAAUGGAUCUGGAGACGAAGAUACUAAUGAAACUUACCUCGAGGAGGAAACCGUAAAUGGUGACGAGCCAAAGGAUAAGAGGAGAUCCCGUCGUAGCGGAGUGUGGGAAUAUUUCGAUGUCACCGACGAGGAGCAGAGAACGGCAAACUGCCAGCUAUGCAGUGAGGAGUUCUCCUAUAGAUCUACCUCCACGAACCUCGUUAGGCAUCUGCAGAGGAAGCACGGUGUAGUUUUCAUGCAUAGUGAGAGCGACAAUGAUAAAGAAGCAUGGGACUAUUUCACCAUCAAAAACCCGGACAAAAAGUUAGCAACAUGCAAAGUGUGCACUAAAGACUGCUCCUAUUUUACUUCGACGUCUAACUUGCUCAAACAUGUGCGGAGAGCUCACGGCAUAGGGUACAUGGCUGAUGAUGAGCCGGAUGAUGAGGAAGAGACCCAAAACGCGGAACCAAUGGAAAUAUACCUGGACGAAGUGGAAGGGAACGUCAUUGAGAAACUGAAAAGUCAAAAACCGCUUAAAAAGGUCAAACGCGUCGUCAUAGAGGAGAGCGACGACACCGAUGACGGAGAAAUAACAUACAAGAAGCGAUAUGUGAAGACUUCAACGGAUAGCCUAGAUAAAUUCGGGAGCUAUUUAGUGUCGUUGCUAAGGCAACUGCCCAAAGCUGAUUCCAAUCGGUUGCAGGCGGAUUUCGUUAAGCAAAUUAUGAAUUGUCAAAGUGAAGAAGGCAUUGUAGUGAGCGAUUCGUACGUGACGACGAUAGCGGAAUGCAAAGACGACUUAGUCGCCGACAGCAACGAUGAUUCCGAAAGCGAGGCCACCAGCCCGGUGUGGAGUUUCUUCGAGAAGGAGAAGAACGGGCGCGCACGCUGCGUGGUGUGCUGCGUGCUGAUCAACGCCUCCACACAGGAUGAGCAGAACGAAAAAGAAGACGAAGUUUACACAGAGGUCUUGUACAUCGAAGAGCCAUCGUCGAAGGAGGAAUCACGGAAAAGCACAGCGGGAGAACACAAAAAGAAGACCAGCCUACUCAAAGUCAAACCAACGGAAACUCUCAGAGCCAGGAGACGCUCUUCGUCAGACGACGAGGGUUAUAGAAGAAAACGCCCCGCUCGCACGGAGACAGUAACCAAAACCAAAAGAACAUCGGACGACGAAGAAAUCGAGUCUUUCGGGACAUACGUAGUGUGUUUACUGAAGAAAUUGCCGAGAAAUGUCAGCAUGAAAGUACAAAGAGACAUUAUAAACUUAAUAAUGAACGCGAAUUUGAAUGAGGAGAAAGAAGAGACAAUGCCGAGGAUAAUCUUCGAUGGAAAUAAUAUCAGGUCGUGUGAAGAUAACAGCAUUAUUGUGGUGACGAAUAAGGAAGGUGAAAACGUGAAUCAAGACGCUAAUGGACAAGAGUACAAAAUGUCCAUCUUACCAUUUACUAGCACCAUCACCACCAAUUAA